UUUCAAAGCAAUUUUGAAACUUCAAUCUCUCUAUAUACACAUUAUAAAAAAUUAAAAAAAUAUAUAUAAUAAAAAAAUAUAUAUUAUAACAUAUCGAACAAGAUCUCAUAUCGAUAUAUUUUUUUCUUAUAUAUAUGUCUAAAAAACUUAAAUUAAAUUUCUCUCUUCUCAAAGUAAAAUACACGAUCAAAAAAAGAAAAACAUUACAAAACAUAGGAAGUAGUAUUCGUUUGUUUUUAAGCUCCAAGGGUAGAAAGUUUGAAUUUUCCAAACCAACGUGCCACGAUGUAAACAUUACCCCACAAUAUAACGUUGGAGCACUAAUAAUGAUUCUAAUUCCCUUCAUUCCUAUAAAAAUAAAAAAAAUUAAAUUAAAAAAGGAGAUGUUUUUAUAGAGAACUAAAGGGAGUCUACUCCUCCUCCUCCUCCAAUUAGGCCAGUCCUCUCCCAUUCGGCCAUUCCCAUAACCAAGGCUGACAGGGCACCAGCCUCAAAAACAUGUCUCUCUCUUCUUUUCCCUCUUUCUUUCUCUCUCUUAAUUCCGACAAAAAACCCAACCAAAUUUACCAAACCCACUGUCGGUCCACCACCAGAUCCACGUAAAAACUUCCCCUUAACUUCCUUCUUCAAUUAAUCAAUUUGUAGAUCUCUUAAUUUUCAUAUUAAUCCUCACAUUAUUAACUAACUAACGCAACAAUGGAUGUAAGGAAGAGAAAACGACUACUUAGAACACCAAUACCUUUUGCACAGUAUUUCUCAACUAGAUAUCUUUUACUCUGCUUUUUUUGCUUUCUUUGCUUGAUAUUCAUCUCUCGGGGUUUUAAUUUUGGAUCUGGCCCGUUUCAACCUGCUCCAAUUGUUCCAAAACUUGCUAUGUUUUCAUCCUCUGCUAGUAAAUCAGUUCAAGAUCUCUCUACCCACCACAAAGUUGAUAUUGAAACUAGCAUUCUCAAAAGUAAUAACACUAGCAGUAACGUUAAUGACAAUAAUGAUAUUAAUAUUGAUGAUGGCGACCUCGAAGGGGAAGGGGAAGGUGAGGAGGCUGAUAAAUUUUUGAGAGGGCUGAGCAUAGAAAGCAGAAUUUUGUUCAAUGAUCAUAUAUUGAUAGUUCUAUUAGGCAAUCGAGAGUUCCAACAUAUGCUACUUGGAGAGAAAAUUGACUGCGUUUACCAAAAAAAGUACAGUAAAAAAACAGUCACUCAUCCCAUGUUGGCCGCUGAUGAAUACGGGAUUGGAAGGUGGAUGGUCCGAUGUCCUACACCACCCAAGAAUUGCUCGGCGGCUGUUUGGUUGCAGGGGAGACAGGAUACUCGGAAAGAAAUUGAGUGGGAGGUAGGGAAGGGCGAGAAUCAGACGGUUCAAUCAUGGGAUAUGCUGGCUUACGAGGCGGUGUUUGAUGGGUCGGAUGUAGCUGUUGUUUUUGUUAAGGGUUUGCAGCUUAAAUCAGACAGAGAAUCCGACCCUAAUUUAUUCAAAUGUGUUUUUAAAAGGGAAGGUGAUGACAAGGUAAUUACCACUAAGGCGAUUACAGCAGCACAGGAGGUGAUCAGAUGCCCGUUGCCACCAGAAUUGAAGGCGAAAUCAUGGAAUGAGAAUGAAGUUCAAAUUACUGUUGAAAUGUUUUCCAAAGUGCCUGGAACAGGAAGGUCCCAUCUGAAAGGUAUCAAAUCCCAACUUGCACCAUCAAUAGCAAAAUUAUAUAAGAGCAAUAACAAAAACAAUGAGAAGGUUGGGCCUACACAUAAAUAUAAUCUCUGUGCUUGUACUAUGGUUUGGAACCAAGCUGCAUUUAUUAAGGAAUGGGUUAUGUACCAUGCUUGGCUUGGGGUUGAAAGAUGGUUUGUUUAUGAUAAUAAUAGUGAUGAUGGAUUGAAGGACGUGAUCAAUGAGCUUAAUGAUGAGAAUUAUAAUGUGACUAGGCAUGUUUGGCCUUGGAUUAAGUCUCAAGAAGCAGGGUUCUCGCACUGUGUGUUGAGGACCAGGGAUCAAUGUAAAUGGAUUGCGUUUUUUGAUGUUGAUGAAUUCUUCUUCUUCCCACCUCCAAAACCUAGGCUAAACUCAAGCAUCGUCAUUCCUCCGGGGCCAAAUGCUCUUCAAACUCUGGUAAAGACGGUUUCAUCACGUUCGCGAUCAGUGGGUGAUAUCAGAACAGACUGUCAUAAUUUUGGACCUUCAGGGUUGAAGAAAAGUCCAGCAGAGGGACUUAUGUUGGGGUAUACCUGCAGGCUUAAGAGUCUUGAGAGGCAUAAGUCGAUAGUACGGCCUGAGGCCGUUGAUGAUAGUCUACUGAAUCAAGUUCAUCAUUUUAAGCUGAAAAAGGAAUUUAGGAAGUUCAAUUUUCGUCGGGCUGUGAUAAACCACUACAAAUUUCAAGUUUGGGAUGUUUUCAAAGCAAAAUUCCAUAGAAGGGUUUCAACAUAUGUCGCUGACUGGCAAGAAAAUCAGAAUGAAAGAUCAAGAGAUAGGGUACCUGGCUUGGGUACAGAAGCAAUUGAACCGUCUAACUGGCGUCGGAGAUUCUGUGAAGUCUGGGAUACCAGGUUGAGGGACUUUGUUCUGGCGAACCUGGCUGAUCAUAAUACUGGUUUGCUUCCUUGGCAACGGUCUGCUAAAUCAUGAGGUACCUGAGCUCAUAUACACGUGUAAAACAUAAAACAACACACUAAUUCUUUUUACUUGUUUUUCUUGAUUGAGAUCCUUUUCUUGUGUAUGUUUUGUAGAGAAGCUCAAAGAUUAGUUACAAUUAUACCUAGGUCAAUUUGAGAGACAGAAAGAAGCUCUCUCUUUCAUUUUUUUGGUUUCUUCCUCAUCUGCUCGUGUACGUAUUCUUCUGAUUUUAUUUGAUAUACAGUACAGAGCCAUUUGAUUGUCAGAAAAUCCAUUAAUAUUCUGAACUAAGUCGAGUUUAGAUAAUGCAUUAUUCUGAGCAUUAUGCAAAUGCUACUGUAUACUGUAUACAGAUAUCCAACAGCACAAAACUUGGAUGCUUCAUACAAUUGUGUUUUGUUAGUUAGCUUUUGCAUGAACUGCUAUGAGCUAUCUGACAGAAAUAACAGACAUCAAGAGUAACUUUCCAACUAAAUUGUUACAUAUAAGCAUAUGACAGAUAUAUGUAGGCAAAUCGAAUACAUUUUAACUUGGUAAAUCAUUGCAAAUUCACCAAGGAAAUAAAAAACAAGAACCAUUCUGGACGAGAAACCUAAAUUGAGGUACUAAACCCAUUUCUAGCUCAAGGUCCUAAGCAAAUUUCUACCUUGGUCAGGAAUGACCCUGGGCGAAGAAACCUAAUUUCAUCUUCAAGAUAUCAUGUGCUAAUGGUAUGAUGGUGUUUUCCCGUAUGCUAAUGCUGCACAUUAACGAUUAGCUUAUCUGUUCAAUAUGCCUAGGCUCCUAUAUUUAUUGGCAAAAAUAAGUUUAAGGUUUAGAGAUGCCAUUCCAGCAGUUGAAAUUUUGUUGUAGAAUUGGACUAUGGAACACAAUUUCUAUUAAGAUUGUAGUUCACAUGAAGAUUUUGGGAUGGUGCUUCACAAUGAAUAUUGUACACUCAAAGCAGAAAUUACCAUUCCUAUAAGCCUUAAUGACUAGUGUCUGCGCAGAGCAUCGAGAAAGCACCAGAAAUUUGCAUUAUUGACCUGUAUCUUGUGUUAAUAGUGUGCAUUUUUGAUUAAACUUUGUCAAGGUAGCAUCCAAAUUAUCAUCAAUCAAUGAUAUCCAAGCCUAUAAAGAAAGAAGGUUGACUUUGACAUAUUAUAAGAUCACUAACAUUUAGCUGGAAGGAAAAUUUAAUACACCCUCCGUUCUUUUUUGAUCUUCCACAUUACUAUAAUAGGUAGUUUCAAAAGUUCUUCCACUUUAAAAUACUUUCUAUUUUUAGAAAGUUUUUAUCCCACUUUUACCCCUUAAACCCCCCUUUUCUUUUAAUGUACUCCUUUUCUUUUAUUUAUAAUUAUUUUCUCUCUCGUACUUUCAAUACAAUCAUUACUUCACACUACUAUUUAAUUAAAAUAAUAUCCACUACAACCUCAUAUUUCUAAUACAAUCAUUACUUCACACUACUAUUUAAUUAAAAUAAUAUCUACUACAACCCAAAGAUUUUAUCUUCCUUAAUAUGUGUGAAAAACCCAAAGUGAAAGAUCAAAAAAGAACGGAGGGAGUAUUGAUAAUCAAUGUUAAUUUAUCAACUGCAACUGAAAGGGACAAAUAAAAGAAUUAUUUGUCUUGAAUAAUCCCUUGUGCAUAAUUGUGAAUGAGUUGGGGAAUCUUAAUCAUCAAGUCAAUUUAUAAGCAAAAUGACAUGAAUUAAUUUAGUCUUCACAAUUUGCAGCAGCCUUUCAGAAAUGUGAAAGAAGAACAACCAGGAAUUUCCAAUUUAAACCAUAGUGCAAAAACACGUAACGGUCGUGGUCACAUUAACGGAAUGGUGAUACAGUAACGGGAAUGAUGUAAUUAUCAAAAAGCCUAAAUGUAAAAUGUGUGUUCGUGAAAUGUAAAUCUCAUUCAGAUCCCUAAUGGGUUUUUCCGGAAAAAAACUGACAAAAUGUGUGGGGCAUGGUUCAAUCAUCAUGCAUUAAAAAAUACAUGGAUUUUUCACACACCACAAUUUUUGAGUUGAGAAAAAAACCUCUGUCCCCAAUCCAAUUUAUACAUAGUGGAUUUCUGAAGUAAAACAAGAAAAUAUUUUAAAAGAUGUAGACGCUAUUACCACCAUAUUAGAUCGCACAGCCUUGAGCAAAAGUGGUUCCAUGAGUUCAGUAAAAACUACAUCUAAGAUUGAAAACCCGGAAUAUUGACUCUUCACGAGCCAUGACACCAGUUUACCCUAGCAACCAAUCAACAUUAAAUUACAUAAAUACUAUUCGAAAUGGCACAUAAAAAAGCCCAGAAAUAAGAACUUGCACUAUCUUUAAAUAGAUUUAAUGAACACAUUCAGUAACUCGUUCAUAAUUUAGACUGUUUCCAGCUUUCUAUCGUACACGGUUUCCUUCUCAAAAACAUGACCUCACUGCAUUCUUCAUGCUCAUCUUCUGAAAUUAAUCUACAACUAAACAAGUUUACCCAAUCAACAUAGCAACAGUUCCUUCAACCAUCCUCCUUUAAUGGAGAUAUGGUCUUCUAUACUCUAGAGACAAUACCGUGCUCCCCCCUCCCCCGGGGUAUGUUACCUUGACUGGAAGCAAAGGCCUAUAAUCCUCAUCCCGUUCCCAUUUCCAAACUCAAUUCUCACCUCCUCCAGGAUUCGACCAAAUUAUCAAACAUCGGCUACUUGAUUUUAGGAAUUUGAAAUGAGGAACAAUAAAUCAGAACAUUUAAGCAAGGUUACUUUUAAGAUGUAAGAAGUAUUGCUCUUAGACCUUGGUAAAUAAAGUGUUUCCACUGCCUGAAUGUAAAACCAAUAUGUUAACUUUAGAACUUACAUACUUGUCACAGGUUCUUAAUCUGGUAUGCUUGCACAAUUUAACAAAAAAAUAUCAUCCCAUCUGUUUCAUCUCUCCCUUUCUUGUCCCUUGAAUAUGUUUCUUGCUAUCAAAUACUUUCCGAAUUCCAUUCUUCCCUAAAUUCUUUUCUUCUCCCUUCCCGUUCUUUAUCAUUCAUAUAGUACUAUCUUAACAGGAAAAGAUGAUGAAGUAUAUGUUUACCAUUUUACAGUGCACCAAGAGGGUCUGACUAGUCAGAAUAGUAUACACUAUCUCUAAAAUAAUGUAACUCCAAAAAGAUCCCAACAACUUUAACCCACAAGAAAGCUAAAUAAGUUACCUGAACAACUUUACCCUUUUAAUAACUCAGAAUCGUAUACACAAACAAAUGUGUUAUAGUUCGAUGAGAUUUUUUAAGUUUAUCUAAAAUGAUAUAUACAUUAUAGAUGUUUCUAACUUCACAUCGGGCUGUUGCUAAAGAAAAACAUAUUAAACUUGUUUCAUAUUCUAACAUAGCCCUCCAGUGAAUCACUAAUCACUAUGAGCCAAUAGCUUGAUUACUUAAAGCUCAUAUGAAUAUAGCUCUUUUGAAAAGAAAGCAUACUACGAAUUAAUUUAUGGAGGAAAUUCUAAAUGUUUCUAUCUAAUAACUCGAGAAAUUUGAUAAACCUUAAAACAACUUAGAGGAUCAAAUGAACGAGUAUAGUUAGAAAUGACUUUUUCCAAAAGGCCACAAAACAACGUAUACGAUGUCCUUGACGACUUCUAUCACUAUCUUGAUGGUAUGUGGGCCACAUGGCUAAUAAUUACAUAGAACUAGUGUAUUCAAGGUAUGCCGUAUGUGGGAUGGUACUAGGAAUGUGAUUUUUACAAAGUUGCGUCAAAAAAAGUCUAAAAGUGUCUUGUUAAACCAAACAAUUUUUAAAAAUUUUUAACAUAGUUCAAGGAGAUAUAGGUUUACCUUGGCAACCAUGCAUAGAACUUAUAAGGCUAGUAAGUUCAUAUAGUGUCCCUUAUUAAAAUGGAGCCAAAGAUUUAUAAUUCUUUGGUUUUGAAUUAUAAUGGACUAUAUUAAAAAGACUCAUUAAAUCAUGUGCGAUUCUUAUUUGUUUUAUGUGAAAUUACAAAUAAUGUU